GGUGCUCGCAGCGUGUUGCGUGCCGCGUGUCCUUGCCCUGAGCGUCGCGACGCCUCCAGCGACGCCGUGCCGCCGUGCCUCCGGUUGACGUCUGGACUUUGACGCGCGGUCUUGCUUGGUCCUGUCCGUCGGCCCGGUCCGCCGCCGUCGCUCGGCGAGUUGGCGCAGCGAACGCCCUCGAACGAGGGGCCGAGCCGCGAGUGAAAUCGAGUGUAGUGGCUCUAGCUGCGCUAGCGAGCUCGCGGUGGAGUGAUAUGUGCCCCGACAAGGAUUACCACGGGCCGAGGGGCGCCGCGUCACAUGAAGGAGCGUGACCCGACCCUCGCCGCACCAUGAGGGAGGUCAAGAGCCCCGGCAUGGGCCCCGGCAUGGGGAUGGCGCCGCCGUACUCGCCGCUGGGCACGCCACUGUCGGCCCUGCAGGGCCUGUCGCACCGCACCAGCGAGACCAACCUGCGGCGCUGUGGCGGAGCCGCGUCGAGGGCGUCCCAGAAGAGCUCCCUGCUGUACGACCUGUACGACGGACGCGACAUCGGCCCCCAGCGAUCCGUGUCCCUGACGACUCUCAGCCCGUCCGCCGCCGUGCCCGUCAACAUGGUCACCUCUCCAGCCUCUCCGGGAAGCGUGUGCACCAACGGCGACCCGGACCUGGAGCCCAGGAUGGCGCAGCUCGAGACCCUUGAAGCCAAGAUGGCCAGCAUCGAGGUGUCGCUGUCCACCACGCCGCGCAGGAAGAAGAACGGGUCCAUCGGGUCGGCCGCGGGGGUGACCGCGGCGGCGCAGACCAACGGGGGGAACGGCGUCAACGGGGUGGCCGCCAACAACUCGCCCUACCGCCCCAGCCUGUCGCUGUCGCUCCAGCAGCGGCCGCCCCCCAGCGAGAAGGAGCGGCGGGCGGCGGAGGAGAGGCUCAGCAAGCUGCGGCUCGACGUGGACAACAAGCGGCUCGCCAUCAAGAACCUCAAGAUGGCCCUGGAGAGGCUCGACAUCACCGACAACAUCGACGUCCGCAUCCAGCAGGCCGAGCUCGAGUACCAGCUCGGCCGCGAGGAGCUCAACCUGCUGUCCUUGCUGGAGGAGACCAGGAACGUGGCGGCGAUGCUGGAGGAGGCGGAGCGGGCCCGAAGCAGCCAGGCCGCCAACACCCUGUACUGCUGCGUGGGUUCGUCGGGCAGGGCCGUGGUGGUGUCCGUGCAGGUGCAGUACGACCCCAAGAGCCCCCAGUUCGGCGCCGGGCCGCGCGACGACGCCCCGGGGCUGUACGUCCACUGGGCCACCGACACCAGCGGCAUGGCGAAAGGCGACAGGGUGCUGGAGGUGAACGGCAAGCAGGUGCUCUGCAAGACGCGCGACGACAUGCACCGCCUGCUGGCCGUGUCCCCGGACCCCGCGCAGCUGGUGGUGCUCCGCGCCGCCCCCGAGCAGGACCUGACGGCCCUGUCGGCGCAGCUGGCCGCGGAGCGCGAGCGCGCGCUGCAGGCCGAGCGGACGGCGGACAGUCUGCGCGCGGACGGCGUGCGCCUGUCACACCGCAUCUCCUACCUCGAGGACCAGGUCUCCGAGCUGCUGUCCAGCAGCGCGGCGCACGGGUCGACGGCGGGGCCCGACGUGCAGCUGUACCAGAAGGGGUCGCAGGUGCAGCUGGUGUCCAACCUCCCCCGGCUGGAGGCGAGUCUGCGCAGCAAGCGCCUGGAGCGCGACCGCGACCGCGAGGACCCCCAGCGGCUGGAGCGCCUGGACAGGCUGGAGCAGCGGCUGGAGCGGGCCAAGAGGCAGUCGCACUCCAGCAGCAACCUCACGCUGUCCCCAAGCCCGCACACGCCGCUGGCCCGCAGCACCAACGCCCUGGACGUGUUCAGCGCCGAGUCCCCGAGGGGGCCCGUGCAGCACAUCCGCAUCCGCCAGUCGCCCAGCCAGCCCGACGGCCUGGCCUCUGACUCGGACAUCCGGCGGCCGCGGCGCAAGUCCGAGGCGCCCGCCAGCCACAGCAGCCACGGCGACGGCUUGAGCUCGGGCAGGCACUACAGGAAGCACCACGAGUACUGCAGCUCGGGCGGCGAGGGCGGCAACACGAGGCCGGCGUCGUCGUCCUCCACGACCAGGCCCGUGCCCCCGCGGAAGCCGCUGCGCCUGUCCCUGCACCGCGCCGCCUCCCUGCAGUCCGUCGAGUCCGCGCCGCCGGGCACGGCCGCCGCGUCCGCGCUCACGCCCGGCGACAAGAAGGCCCCCAAGCGCAACCACAAGGGCGAGGCCCCCGUCCCGCCCGGGGCCGGGCCGGGGGCGCAGCCAGCACUGCCCUCCGACGCGCCGCACCCGCACCCCUUCCAGUCGGCCCUGAGGUGGACGUCGUCCUCGCCCAGCCAGCACAGCCAGCACCACGUCUACCGCAGCAGCGGCAACCUGACGGCCAACGGGGCCACCAUUGGGGGGGAGAAGUGGUGCUAG